GACCGCACCAGCUGAUACAUUCUGCGUUUCAGAUCCGGACAACAUGGACUCCACAAACAGCACCGGCAAUUCAACCUUCAUGACUUUCACGACUUUUACUGAUUCUCUCACACCAUCUAAUCUUUCAAGUGCUGUAUACCCUGCCCUUCAUCACCCGCUUCCCACCAUCAUCGGAACCGCCUGCCUGUUCCUCGUGUUCGGUGGGUGUGUGAUCGUCCUGGCGACGUGCCACUGGUCAGGAAGAUCUGGAGCAUGUGACAGAGGAUGUGCUGCCAGAGAAAGUGAAUACGACGGACAGGUGUCAUCCAGCGAGCCUCAGCUGAAACUCUGGAAGCGACUCGGAUCCGGACGCUACUCAUUUUCCUCGGUCCAGUCGUUCCGGAGAACUCCGCAGCGCUCUGCCGUGACGAAAUCCAAGCUGUCGUUUCAACUCGAGCGAGACAGGAACGAACUGCAAGCGCAGCUGACUAUACCUUGCUUGCUACAAUAUGCUACUGAGAUAUAAACACUAAACACAACUGUAACGCAAAGUGCGAAGUGACUAAAACGCUCAGUUAACAACUCAGUUUCAUAUUUUAGCAAAAUGUCAACUUUAGCUUUCCUCAAGAACCCAACCCAAGGUCCAGGAGUGGUACGGCUAGCCCAGGCUUGUGAUUAAAGUGUAGUGCAGAAGGUCAACAUUAUAACAUUUAGGUUGCUAUUUAGUGAAUUUUAACAGCGAUUGAGAGUCUAAAGCAUACCGUCAUCCUGUAUACAGUCUACCAGCCUGUUUUGUGGUUUUUAGAUGUACUUUUGUUUUGAUACAGCAGGUGUGUUUCCUGCUGAGGCACUCACACAUUCAAGGGUAGCAUCAUUCACCAGAGUUGAUAGGCGUAUGCACUGGAAUUUGUUAAUCCUUUCUUUUCUCAUUUUUUUUAAAGGUCGCAGUGAUGUACACAAAUUUCAUGCAUGUUUUAAUAUUUGUAAUUAGCCACUUCAUAAUCUCCCUUUUCUUCUCUUGUUUUAAGUAUGUAUGUUUGUAGAAAUAUUUAAGACUUCAUUCACAGAGUCUGAGGCUCCUCUCAAAAGCACGGGGAAGCCUGAUUCCAGCCCUAGUGGGACUCUAUUAGUAUGUAUCACUCAAACAAACAAACAAACUAAAUUGGACAGAAUAAAACGAAUUCAAAUCUUGGAUCAUGCUACAAGAUUUCUUGAAACAGAAAUAUUUGUUCUGCAUCAUCUUAAAGUCUUAAGAUGAUCGUCAUAAAGUCUAUUAAAAAAAAAAAAAAAAAAAAAAAAAACGAUUCUGACAGUAACCCAAACCAAAUUAUUUAUUACAUGCCAUGUUUUACAACUUCAUACCAAACACACAAAUGUUCCUGUUUUUAUUAGAGAUCCAUCAUGGCAUCUUGAACUAAAAUGUUGUUUAAUUACACCUUCUGUGAGAUGAAGGCGUGAAUCUCAGUGAUCAACUGUAGCUAAAACAUCUGUAUAAUAAGAAACAUGAAACUAAUGGGAGCAUUUUAUAUUUCUUUUCAUUGUGUCAGUGUCGGUGACGAGUGUUUAUAUGUACUAGUGUUCGCACCUGUAGUACACUGGUUCCUCUCGGGACGUUCUCCAGAAUAGUAGUCUCGUAGCUGUUCUGAAGGAAGAUGGGUCUGUUGUCGUUGACAUCCAGCACUUCUACAUAGACUGUAGCUGUGCCUGUUUUUCUGUCGCCAGCUGGACCGUUAUCUACAGGAAAGAUAAAUCUGCAGAUGGGAGCGCAGUGGAAACAAUGACUGAAAAAAUUGUGGGUUCGAAUCCCAGAAGCGCCCUACAACCACUGUUGGGCCAAUGGUCUACACUCUAGGUCUUUAUUUGUUUUGUUUUUUCGUUCUUUUUUUUUCUGUCUCACUUGUAAAUUGGUUUUGGGAGAAAAAAGCAUCUGGCAGUUGAAUAAACGUUGAGCUCGGAGCCACA